GUUGUAUUGUUCUGUUAGCUAGUCUUAUCUUUGCUGUAGCUGUACGUAUGGCUUUCUUUGAAAGCUCAGGGUCGUCGUUUUCGUUCGAGGGAUUUCUAGCGCUCACCGUAGUGGCUGCUCUGUGGCUCUACUACAUUAUUUUCUUCAAUUCGAGGCUUUGGGGACUCGUAGUGACCUUAAUUCUUCGUAAACUGGUACGCGGGGCGUACGUAAGGGUUGGUUCGUUUGCUGUGUCUAUUCUGGCGGGAAAGAUCCUGUUCAGGGAUGUGAGUUAUGUGACGACAAACUUUUCUAUACGGGUUGUAGAUGGGACUGUCUGUUAUCGUUGGUGGAAACGUUUUGCCGACGAGCAGGACUACUUGUUGCAGGAUCCAGCAACAGACAGAGAUGAGUCUCAAGAUGGCUUUCACUGUACAUGUCAGAUCUCGCUCGAUUGUCCACUAAAAGUUGUUCUGAACGGAUUUGAAAUGCACGUCUACAACAGGUAAUUUGAUUUUGUAUCAUGUAAUUGUUUGCAGCUAUGUGAUUGUAGCUCUGAUGGGAAUCAAGUCUACAAUUAAUAUUAAUCAGUAAAAAAAUAAAAAAUAAAUAAAAAAAUAAAUAAAAAAAUAACAUAAAUACAUAAAUAGACAAUAAAUUUUUACUGUAACAGUAACAUAGCUACCUACUAUCCAUAGACUACCUAACUGCCAAAAAGCCGGUUACAGACGAUUUGUACUUAUGUUACUGUUACUGUAAAAAAUAAAAAUUAAUGAAUAAAUAAAUAAAUAAUAUAUAUAAUA